CAGCCACAUUUUGUCCACAAACUCUGUCCUGAAAGGGGACUGACUGAAGAAAACAUCCAGCAAGCUCUGGGCAAGGAAGGACAGCAGCAGAGAGCGAGGGCCGUGUUCGCUGUGCCAGAGGAUGGAGGUGCACAACGUAUCAGCCCCUUUCAAUUUCUCCCUGCCGCCUGGCUUUGGCCACCGGGCCACAGACAAGGCGCUUAGCAUCAUCCUGGUGUUAAUGUUGCUGCUUAUCAUGCUCUCACUGGGCUGCACCAUGGAAUUCAGCAAGAUCAAGGCUCACUUGUGGAAGCCCAAAGGGGUGAUCGUUGCCUUGGUGGCCCAGUUUGGCAUCAUGCCCCUCGCUGCUUUUCUUCUCGGCAAGAUCUUUCACCUGAGCAACAUUGAAGCUCUGGCCAUCCUCAUCUGUGGCUGCUCUCCCGGGGGGAACUUGUCCAACCUCUUCACCCUGGCCAUGAAGGGGGACAUGAACCUCAGCAUCGUGAUGACCACCUGCUCCAGCUUCAGUGCCUUGGGCAUGAUGCCACUCCUCUUAUACGUCUACAGCAAAGGCAUCUACGAUGGAGACCUUAAGGACAAGGUGCCCUACAAAGGCAUUAUGAUAUCACUAGUCAUAGUUCUCAUUCCUUGCACCAUAGGGAUCGUCCUCAAGUCCAAAAGGCCACACUAUGUACCCUACAUCCUUAAGGGAGGCAUGAUCAUCACCUUCCUCCUCUCUGUGGCUGUCACAGCCCUCUCUGUCAUCAAUGUGGGCAACAGCAUCAUGUUCGUCAUGACACCACACUUACUGGCUACCUCCUCCCUGAUGCCCUUCUCUGGCUUUCUGAUGGGUUACAUUCUCUCUGCUCUCUUCCAACUCAAUCCAAGCUGCAGACGCACCAUCAGCAUGGAAACAGGAUUCCAAAACAUUCAACUCUGUUCUACCAUCCUCAAUGUGACCUUCCCCCCUGAAGUCAUUGGGCCACUUUUCUUCUUUCCUCUCCUCUACAUGAUUUUCCAGCUUGCAGAAGGACUUCUCAUCAUCAUUAUCUUCCGGUGCUAUGAGAAAAUCAAGCCUCCAAAGGACCAAACAAAAAUUACCUACAAAGCUGCUGCAACUGAGGAUGCUACUCCAGCAGCUCUGGAAAAAGGUACCCACAAUGGGAAUAUUCCUCCUCUCCAACCUGGUCCUUCCCCUAAUGGCCUGAAUUCUGGUCAGAUGGCAAAUUAGAAUGUGAAACUUCGAAGCAGCAAGAAAAGGAACGAACGUCGACGUUGCCGGAAUGUUUGUCUAGCACUUCGGGCAAACCAUCAGAACCAUGGAGCCAUGAACUGAGACAGAAGGGCAUCUAUCUAUCCAGUAACUGUAACCCAUACCAAUUUGCUUUUUGUUUAAAUUUUCUAUUUAAAAGAUAAACAAGAAUUAGGCAAAAAUGUUCCUGCCUAUAAUCCCGAUGCUCAGAAACUCAAGAUCAACCUUAAGUAUACAAAACAAGACUGUCUCAAGAAACCAAAAACACUUUUCAGUGGCUAUGAACUCUAUGAAAGCUGAACCAAACAGCUUCAUCUGAUAAACAUUAACUUCACUAUUUCCAAACUUUCCAGUAAGCAGGUGUUUUGUUCAUUAAACAUCCACAACCUGCUUCAUGUUACUCAAAAUGAAAUAAAGUGCAACUCCUAGUUCU